AUGACGACGACGCGAAGCAACGGCAACAGGAUGGAGGAGACAUAUCCAUGGAUCAGUAUUAACCAUAAGCCCCUGCUGAUGCUGCUGGUCUUGGCGUUUAUUUGCCUCGGCUGCUGUCUGGGCGGCAAGACAACCACCUUUGUGCGCCACACAGACACCUUGGAUCCGCAGGCCGACGGCUUCUGGGCCAACAAGACCACCUGGAACGCCCGCUGGGUAAAGUACUGGCGGGCAAAGAAAAUCUACGAGCCCAUCUGGAAAAAGGUCUGGACGCCCACUGUCCACAACGAGUGGGUGCCGCUGCCCAAUGCCCCCAACGAAUGGGAAGCGGAAAAGGGCCAUUAUUCGGACAAGUAA